ACAAACCUAACCCACAAUCAAAUAGCCGUGGGAAACGGAACGACAAACGAGAAAUGGGCCACAGCGUACCAGCGCGCAAAGUCCCUUGCCGCUCAAAUGACGGUCGAGGAGCUCGCCAACUUCACCCACGGGUGGGACGGCCUCUGCACCGGCAACACGGGCUCCGUCCCCCGCCUCGGCAUCGAGCCCAUCUGCCUUCAAGACGGCCCCGACGGCGUCCGCGCACAGGAAUUCGUCUCGGCGUUCCCCUCUGGUAUUCACCUGGGCGCGACAUGGGACAAGAACCUGUCGUAUGCCUACGGCGAGGCCCUGGGCGCCGAGUUCCGCGGUAAAGGUAUCAAUGUCGGUCUGGGACCCGUUGGUGGACCGCUGGGUCGUAUUGCGCGCGGCGGCAGGAAUUGGGAGGGUCUGAGUAAUGAUCCGUAUCUGUCAUCUGUUGGCGUCGGUGGUAUUACCAAGGGGAUGCAAGAUGCUGGUACCAUUGCGUGCCCGAAGCACUGGAUUCUCAACGAGCAGGAGUACCGCCGGAACCCGAGUGUUGAGGAAGGCGAGGCUGGAUCAUCCAAUGUUGACGACAGAACGUUGCAUGAGCUCUAUGUUUUCCCGUUCAUGGAUGCGUUGAAGGAGGGCGCUGCAUCGGUCAUGUGUUCUUACAACCGCGCCAAUAACUCGUACGGCUGCCAGAACUCCAAGUUGCUCAAUGGAGUCCUCAAGACUGAGCUCGGGUUUGAAGGGUUCGUUGUCAGCGAUUGGGGCGCACAACACGCCGGCGUGGCAACCGCAAACGCAGGUCUCGACCUGGUCAUGCCAAACGAAGCCUUCUGGGGUGCAUCUCUCGUCGAGGCAGUCAACAACGGCAGCGUCACCCGCGAGCGCGUCGAGGACAUGACGACGAGGAUCCUCGCGGCAUGGUACUACAUCGGCCAGGACAGCGACGACUACCCCGCCGUCGGCGCCUACUCGAACCUUCAGAAGCACGCACCCGUCGACGUGCAGAAUGGGCACAAGGCAAUCAUUCGCGAGAUCGGAGCCGCCGGUACCGUGCUCGUGAAGAACGUCAAUGGCACGCUGCCCUUCAAGAACCCCAAGUUCCUGACGGUGUACGGAUACGAUGCUAGCUUGGCUCCAUCUCCAUGGGGGAGCACGAGUUAUGGCCCGUCAUGGGGCACUGUGCUAGCGGAUACUUUCAACGGAACGUUGCUUUCUGGUGGCGGCUCUGGAACGACGACGCCGCCGUAUGUUAUUACUCCUUUCCAGGCCAUCCAGGAUCGUGUCAUCGCGGACGGCGGGGUGGUCAAGUGGGAUUUCUACUCUGAGAACCCGCAGCCCAACUACGUCAACUCGGAGGCGUGUCUGGUCUUUAUCAACGCGUGGGCUUCAGAGGGGUACGACCGACCCAGCCUGACGGACGAGUUUAGCGACAACUUGGUCAACAACGUCGCGGCCAACUGCUCCAACACGAUUGUCGUGCUGCACUCUGCCGGAACCCGCGUUGUCGAAGCCUGGGCAGACCACCCUAACGUGACAGCAAUCCUCUUCGCCGGCCUACCUGGCCAGGAAUCGGGCAACUCCCUUGUCGAUAUCCUCUACGGCGACGUAAAUCCCAGCGGCAGACUCCCCUAUACUGUUGCCCGCGCCGAGUCAGACUACGGCAACCUCCUCAACUCAACUGUCGAAGCGGGCCCGUUCCCGCAGGACGAUUUUACAGAGGGCUUAUUCAUCGACUACCGCGCCUUUGACCGCGACGGCAUCUCGCCCCGUUACGAAUUCGGCUUCGGGCUAUCGUACACUACCUUUGGCUACUCCUCCCUCUCCGCCAGUCCCGCGUCGGGCGUGAGCGCCGGUAUCCCGGAUCCGAGCAUUGCCAUCGUGCAGGGCGGACACCCCGCCCUCUGGGAGGAAGUCGUCUCCGUGAGCGUGACGGUACAGAAUACGGGCGGCGUGGGCGGCCACGAGGUCGCGCAGCUGUAUGUGGGCAUCCCCGUCGAGGGCACGCCCGCGAAGCAGUUGAGGGGUUUCGAGAGGGUUUUUGUCGAAGCGGGCGGGAGCGCGACGGUGGAGUUUGCGCUGACGAGGCGGGAUUUGAGCUUUUGGGAUGUGAGUGCGCAGCAGUGGCGGUUGAGUGAGGGUGAGUAUGGGGUUUGGGUUGGGGCUAGUAGUCGGGAUUUGAGGUUGAACGGGACUUUUACUAUUUGAAUGAAGAUAGUGGACGAGAUAUUGGGGGUGCCGCUCGUUACUUUCAUGGUAUCAUGCGAUGCAGGAAGGUAGCUCGAGGUAGUUGUAAUGAUGAUGAUGAUCAACAUGACUGCAUGCUGCGUUUUAGUACAAACACUGCCAGGAACGAGAAGUCCGUAACUCUCUCAAAGAC